AUGGAAAACUUGGAAUCAGAGCUGGAAGCCAACGAAGAAACUUUGCAAACAUCGACAGCCAUACGAUUACCCAAGCGGCAUGGCCUUAAUCUGACAGCGAAGGUCAAUGGCAAGGCCUUCACGGACUUAGGGGGGAGCAAUUUCGAGGUGAAGAGCAGCGGAGCAUCUUCAGGAACAAGGAAGCCAAUCACUACCUACAUGUCGCGUUCCAAAGGACAACGGGGUGCCCUGCCCCUGGUGGUGGACUCGGGUUCAUCCAGCCCCGACGAACUUGACUCCUUGUCCCAGUCAGACACUCACUCUCCUACAAAGAAACCGAGAAAGAUGUUUGACGAAGAUGUACAAGCCGAGUCGGUGGACAAUGAGUACGUGAAGCGUUCGAAUGCCCUUAAGAAUCUGCGUUUCCGCAAGAACAAAAGUCAAGACAAAACGCAACCUGAAGCGUCGGGUUCCAAAGCACCGCCCUCAAAAGAGAACGAACCCCGCGUUGUAAAAGACGCAGGGAUAGCCUCAAAACGGUCGCUUGCCUCUAAACCUGCGAAACCACGGUUGGACGAUUGCGAGACCUCACGGCCACUAGGCGACAAGAGUCCGAACAGGCAGCUUAGUCCACCGCCAUCUCACCCGCCUCCUCGGGAAAAACCCAAACCUCGUCCCAUUAAGAAACCUCAAGCAACCACCGUUGAUGCCGCGCCGAAGACAACGAAGAAGCCAAAUAUCCCGACUGUGAAGAAGCCUCAUUUUCCGCUUCCAGUCAAACGAGCACCACUACCUUCUGAAACAGAAGAGUCUCGCGCUGCGCACUCAAAUUUGGGCAUCUCUUCCAAAACACGGCUUCCCGACCAAUUUCCAUUUCUUUCGCCAACCUCCCAACAUACUCCGCGUGCUACCUCGUCAAAGACGGCAGAAAGGCUUCCCUUUUCUCCUCCAAAGUCGCGAGUUGACGAUUUUCCUUUUCCAUCACCACUUGCAUCGGACAACCGAGGGAAAAAGAUCACACCUAGCGCGUUUCCAAUGCCGUCUCCUCAGUCUUUUGACGCUUCGUUGAAGGGCAAGGGCAAGGCGUUAACUGUCAGUGCCGAAGAUGAUGAAGAGGAUGAGGAUGGAAGUUAUGGCCGCAAGAGCAAGGGUACUCGACUUGAGCCGUUCCCAAUGAAUACACAAAUACUGCGGAGUGUUAGUUCUCCGAGUGUCCAGUCGUCUCAAGCAAUGAAAAGGAACUCGGAUGGAAUUUGCAGCGAUGGUGAUCAGCAUGUUAAGAAGCGGCGGAAGGACGACGAAGAUGACAUGCUCCCUGGUCAUCAUGCGUUUGAGGACGACGACGAUACAUUGUUCAUGUCCCCAUCUGUCGACCCCAAGACCCUCUGUCCCUAUUGCGACACCCCCUUACCGACAUCUCCAACACCCUUCCUUGAGAGUCUCCUCGCAAAAGUAUGCAAGAAGUCCACCCGUGAUCCACGGCCUGCCAAUCCAUUAGGCCGGAAAGCGCCCUUGGCAACUUUCAUCGCCGUUUGCCAACGGCAUCGAUUUGAGAGCCAGAUUCUCCCAGAAGCUGAACAGAAAGGGUGGCCGAAGACCAUCGACUGGGCGAAAGUAGGCGGGCGGGUGGAGGCAAUGCGUGAUUCCCUGCAAGCCCUGAUCAACGACCGUGAUGCUAACGACGGCGUCGAAUUCUUUUGGCCAACUGAAGGUCCUCGAUCGAAAUGUGUUUUUUGGAGAGAUGUCGUGAGCGAGGUGAAACAGAAGGGUUCGAGAGCCGUUGCAGGGGUUCGGGGCCAGUUUGCCAACUUUGAGAAGACGCAGCCUGGCUACUAUGGCGAGUUGGGUUCAGUCAUCAUUCAUCAAACGUUGUACAACCUCUUUCCACCAUCCGAGCUAGACCCAGACCUCAUCUCACCACUCACAUCAAACGAGUUUAUUCAACGGAUUCUGGUCCCGGAAGUCGCUGUGAGACUCAUCAAGGAGGACCAAAACCUUGAAGGGGACGUGGGGACUACUGAAGCUUUGCAAAUCCUACGUGAAAGCUCUGCGUAUGGCGUCGCGAUGUUCCCUGAGGACAGUGGAGAAUCGGCUGGUGUAGGACCAAGUCGUGGUUUCCGUGGUCAGAGGCGAGAGGACGAGAUGGACGCGGGUGAUCUUAUAGUCAUGGAACGCGCUCGGAAGAGGCGGAAGGAGUUGGAAGAGGAAGACGAGCACGAGAAGGAGCAGGAGGAGCAGGAGCAGGAGGAUCGGAAAAGAAUAGAAUGUCGUGGAAGGAGGACCCGGAAAGGGAAAGCCAAGGAAACGAUACAGGAGGAGGAUAGUGGUUCGGACGUUGUGUUUGUGCCUCAAAAGCCCAAACCGAGACCGAGGCCCAUCAAUAAAUCCUCAAGCAGUGGUGCAUUGGCUAAUGCUGACGUGGAAGAUGAAGUGGUCGUAUCAGUGAGGGAAGCAAAGGCCUCUCGGAAGAUGAGCAAUGCCACUCUGACUGACAUUGGGGACGUUAAGUCUCAGCGACCCAAGCGACCGACGGCCAAAAAGUUUCCAUUCGACCUUGACUCUGCCGUUGAUUCAACGGAUGAUGACUCCUCUUCACUGCUUGACCCUUCACCCCGACAUCGUUCUCUCUCUGCCAACGAAACGGGAAAUCAGAGUGUACGUGUUUCACCUACGAACUCACCCCCACUUGCUGUCAAGAAGAGGCCUCAAACGAGGGCGAAAACUCGAAGAGGAUCUUCGUCUGAAGUGAAUCUCUACUCAACCAGCGAAUCUGAAGGCGACCGUUCUGACGCCAGCAGGACAAGAAGGGGCCGUAAAAUUCAAAAGGUUGAGUCCUUCAUGGACACUGCGGUUCACAGCCUCGAAAUCGAGGAUGACGACGACCUUCACGGGGAUCAUUACACCAAGACACCCAUCGCCAAACGCGACAGACAGAGUACUGUCGAGAUCACUGACGAUGACACACCCAAACCUGUGCGAUCACCUCCUUCACGAGUAUCAUCUGCCGUCUCGGCGGCAUCCGAGUCCUCUACGACGAAGCCUUUGGAAUGGGCUCGACGGCGAAGGCAGGAAAAGCAAGCCAAGGAUCGGGCCCAACGAGGACAUGGAUAA